UACCAGCAUUAAAAAGGUGCAAACAUGAAGCUGCAUUUCCACGCCAAGGAUGCGACCGAGAGUAAUCGAGGGUGUAAAGGCACGUCACGGUGUGACGUAUUACACACCUACGCUGAAUCACGUAAUACCUCAUCACGGUACGCCCUUCACGUCUGUCUCUCCAUCCCUGUGUGUGACAUUCUCUCCUUUAUUUUAAUUAAAGUCGCGAUAAUUGUUCUCCUUUUUUAAAGUCUCUUGCAUAAUAAAUUAACAAGUUUGUUUAAUAAAAAGUUCUUUCUCACUGGGGCUGGAUUCAGGAUGUGGAGGAGGAGAUAAACAAUUGUCUCUGCAACGGUAACGGUAUGUCCAGCAGCUUUCUUUCCUUCUUCUGUUAGCUGGUUGUGGUUGUAGUCAUAUGGGAUUCUUUUAACUGAUGUGUCUUUGAAUAUUUGUGUAUAGUUGUAAAAACAUUGCACACAACACACUUAAACAAUUUGCAGGUUUGUACCAAGUUAAAGCACGUUUAGCUCCCUGGGAUUGAGAGAAAACUGUAGUGACUGACAUCAUCAGUAGUAGUAGACAUGCUCUUUAGACAGGUAUCAGUGUAACGAAAUUUAUACAGUGUCUACAACAUCCGUAAACCUUGAAAUAAAGUUUACAAGCAUUCGAGGCUGUUUGUCUGAAGUGAAAAGAAAGAUUGUGAGUCUUUCUGUCAUUCACUAACUCCUCUGUUUCCUUUAUUCGCACGCGCACUUGACACCUGGAGGCAGGUGCCCAGCAUGUCGCUAUGAAUGGCUAAUAUGUGUGUUUAUGUGAGAGUCUGAGAGAGUUAUCAUGUUAAAUAACAUUUAUAAGUUCUUGUGGGUGCUUCUUAAAAUUAGUGUGCUUAGAACCUUUUCCGUUACUUUUUUAUGAGAAUUAUUUGUAAUGGUUUAAACUAAAAUUACAAUCAGCCAAGCGACAACAACCGAAAAUUAUUAUAUAAAUAUUGAAUGAUUAAGAAGUCUAAUGGAAUGCACAUUCUGUGUCCACAGUUUACAUCUUUACUCGUUGCAGCAUCACCCUAGUCAUCUCAGAGACCAACUCCAGGGGGUGACAUGCAUUUUGACGGAGUUGUACAAGCGAUUAACCCCUUCGGCCUUUACCAGAAGCGGGUGUAUUAUCUCCUUUGCUUUCUCGCAAUACCCGAUCCUCUUUUCCUCUUGGGAUCCGUCUUCUUGUUCGCCACGCCAGAGCACAGGUGCGCUGUUCCAGGUGCGGACAACGAUACCUGGGAAAGCCAGGGACUCGAACAUGACGACCUGGUGAGGAGGACAGUACCUGUUGACCCCACUACUGGAACGUGGUCCCAGUGCCUCGUGUACAAACAUGAGUCACUGCAGGACCUGGCAAACCUGGCCAACGACACGGUUGAAUGCUCACGAUGGGUCUACAGCAAGGAGAACUUUGAACUCACGUUUAUUUCAGAGUUAAACAUCGUCUGUCAAAAUAAGUUUCUCUUGCCACUGUUGAAGUCCAUAUUGAUGAGUGGUCUUCUCGCUGGAUCCUUAGUCCUAGGAACCCUCGCUGAUGUCAUCGGGAGGAAGAAGACUGUGGUGAUGAGUACCCUGGGUCUUAUCGCAGUGACCUUAGGCGCGGCUUUCGUCAGGAACUAUGUCGCUUUUGCGAUCCUUCAAUUUUUUACCAGUUUUUUUGAAAUGGGAAAGUUUUUGGCAGCAUUUGUAGCAGGCAUGGAGCUUGUAGGGCCUCAGCACCGAACACUUGCUGGCAUCGUGAUUGAGAUCUUCUGGUCCAUGGGCCUUUAUGUCAUCCUCUUGUUGGCCUACUUCCUUCGGAAAUGGAAUCACUUGCAGCUGGCUCUGUCAACUGUCAGCAUGAUAUUUAUUCCAAUCCUCUUUUUUAUCCCCGAGUCGCCCCGCUGGCUGGUGUCACGUGGUCGCAGACAGGAAGCGUCCGCCAUUGUGCGUCACGCGGCGCGAGUCAACAAAGUCGUCGUGUCUGAGAAGGUCCUCAGCCUGCAAGACCUGCAGAACGACGGUCCAGGUGUCAAGUUCUGGCAACUGUUCACCCACCGGCGUCUGCUAGUUCGCUGCCUCAUCGUCUUCUUCAACUGGUUCAUCGUCACAUGUAUUUACUACGGCCUUGGUCUGAACGUGGGCAGUCUGUCAGGUGACAUCUACCUCAACUUCCUGUACGCCAGCAUCGCCGAGACCUUGUCCUACGUGUUGUGUCUGGUGCUGCUCAACCGCAUCGGACGACGGACGCUGCACUGCUUCACCAUGCUGCUGGGCGGCAUCUCGUGUGUGGCCAUCAUCCUACCCGUCCUCUUCGGCGACCAGAACACAGCCUGGGUGGCCACUGCGCUCUCCAUGGUCGGCAAGUUCGGAAUCUCGGCUUCAUUCGCCAUUAUUUAUGUCUUCACAGCCGAGUUGUUCCCCACUUUUGUACGAAACUCCAUCGUUGGGGCCAGUUCUGUCAGUGCUCGGUUUGGAUCCAUGGCCUCUCCUUAUAUCAACUCACUGAGCUACUAUGUCAGUGGCAGUUUUGGAGUAGCUCUCCCUUCUCUCAUAUUUGGAGGAUCUGCGAUUGUGGCUGGUCUUGCGUCACUAUGGUUACCUGAAACUCAUCUUCGGCAACUUCCGGAAACUAUCGAAGACGCCGAGAAUUUUGGAAAAAAAAAAGACAAGAACUCUUAUGAACUCGCACAUACAUCGUCAGAAUACUCAGACAAGAAAGAUAUUUUAACGCCCAGUUAAUUGAUAUUAAUCUGACAGUUAAACAAAGAAAAACUGUUUCCAUGCGGCAUGAAGUAAUUAUCUGUCCAUCUGUAUAACAGAAAGAUGCAUCUUCAUGGUUUGUGCCAGAGCUAAAGAUGAGUUACGAAUAGUAACAUCUUUUAAAUGUUGUGAAUUCUUUCUCAAAAGAAGCAAGAACUUUAAUGAUUUAUACCAGUUACCAAGACAAACAUGAUAAUGUAUAUUAUAAAUAAAACUAGAUUAAUCUGACGAUAAACAGAAUUAAAUAAAAGGGGAAGGACACAUUUAAUGGCAAAAGUCGUCAGCUGUUGGUUUUUACAGUCUAAAGGAGGGAAUGUUUGAUAAAAGCUUUUUGCUGCAUGCAAAUUUAAUAAGAAAAACAUUUAUUUAUACAUUUGCAUACGUCGUAUGACUUUGAGGUUUUGUUGGGAUUUAUUUUGUUGAUUUGUUUGUUUGUUUGUUUGUUUGUUUGUUUGUUUGU